AUGGGAAGACACUCUUGCUGCUACAAGCAGAAGUUAAGGAAAGGACUAUGGUCUCCAGAAGAAGAUGAGAAGCUUUUGAAUUACAUUACCAAACAUGGUCAUGGAUGUUGGAGUUCCGUCCCAAAACUUGCUGGUUUGCAGAGAUGUGGCAAGAGUUGCAGGUUAAGAUGGAUAAACUACUUGAGGCCUGAUUUGAAGAGAGGAGCAUUCUCACAACAAGAAGAGAAUUUGAUCAUUGAGCUUCAUGCAGUUCUUGGAAACAGAUGGUCUCAGAUUGCAGCACAAUUACCAGGAAGAACUGAUAAUGAGAUUAAGAAUCUAUGGAAUUCAUGUCUCAAGAAAAGGUUGAGACAAAGUGGCAUUGAUCCAAACACUCAUAAACCACUUUCUGAGAUUGAAAAUGAUAAUGAGAAACCACUCACAGCAAACAAAAGCAAUCAAAAAGCUUCGGUUUCGUCGAAUGAAGUUAUGAGUUUGGUAAUGGAACCUACAAAAGCUUCCAUAGAUGGUUACCCUCUAGAAGUUUCAACUUCCUCCAAGAUCAACAACAAUGGUAGCAGCAGCAGCAGCCAUGAAUUAUUCCUAGACAGGUUCAACACCACAGGCUAUUUUUCUUUUCAGAACAUCAACUAUGGAUCAAACAUCGGAAUUUCCGAGAAUCCAAAUGCGUCUAUUUGUUUCACACCAACCUCAUCUUCAUCACAAAUGAUGUCAGAUACAAAUUCUGUUAUAAACUCCAACAUGCUUCAUUCUAUUUCAACCUCAAUUUUCCAAACACCAACACAAGUAAAACCAACCGUUUCCGUUUCCUCAGACGGAGUUCAUAACUGGGAAGCAAGUAACUACAACACAAGCAAAACCGUUUCCAGCGCCAACUUUCUCGACACAGGAACUUUACCCUUACAAGAAGAAAUGAAAUGGUCUGAAUAUAUCAACACACCAUUUCUCAUGCAUAAUCAACCUCCUCAAUCUAUCUACACUGAGGCCAAACCAGAAACAGGUAAUUACAUUACUGAUGAAUCAUGUACUACUUGGAACCAAUGCCAACAACAACAACAACAACAACAACAACAACAACAACCAGGUUUUCAACUUUCUGAUAUAUAUAGCAAGGAUCUGCAGAGAUUUUCAGUGGCUUUUGGACAAACUAUGUAG